AUUCACUAUCAUUUUAUUUUAAGUAGAUUUACUCACAAACAAAGAGGCAGAGGUACACGCAUCAAAAUGUUUGUCUUUAUUCAUCCGUUUAUUUAAACUUGAAUGAAUGAAAUUUGCGAGUGAAUAAUAUAUUUUUUCUUAUCAAUUCAUCCAAAUCCAAAUCGAGGAUCCAUCUCUCUGAAUUCCAAAUUUUUGUUGAAAAAAAGAAAAUGUCAACCGAAUCAGAAUCAGCGACGGUGCUUGCUCGUGGCCGUUUGGCUAUGCUCACCGCUCACUUAAUUCCCUCUGGCAACACGGAACACGUUGAUCACGUGCUGCACCCUCACCGUCUCUCUGCUCAGUUGCCGCCGGCGAACCUCAACGGCACCUUGACCGUCGUCGAUGAGAGGACCGGCAAGAAGUACCAAAUUCAGGUCUCCAAAGAAGGCACUGUCAAAGCUACCGAUCUCAAAAAGAUAUCGACUGGGAAGAGUGACAAGGGACUCAAGCUUUAUGAUCCUGGCUAUUUAAACACGGCUCCUGUUCGAUCAACAAUUAGUUAUAUUGAUGGUGAUGAGGGGAUUCUUAGAUAUAGAGGCUACCCAAUUGAGGAGUUGGCAGAGAAAAGCACUUUUAUGGAAGUGUCCUAUCUUAUAUUGUAUGGAAGUUUGCCUUCUGAAAGUCAGUUAACAGAAUGGAAGUUUGCUGUAUCUCAGCAUUCGGCUGUUCCACAAGGAGUUUUGGAUAUCAUACAAUCAAUGCCACAUGAUGCACACCCAAUGGGUGUGCUGGUCAAUGCCUUAAGUGCUCUUUCUGUUUUUCAUCCUGAUGCAAAUCCUGCUCUUAGAGGUCUUGGUAUUUACGACUCAAAGGAAGUGAGAGACAAACAAAUAACACGGGUUAUUGGAAAGAUAACAACAAUUGCAGCUGCAGUUUAUCUUAGAAUGGCAGGAAGGCCACCUGUGCUUCCAUCCAACCACCUUUCUUACACAGAGAACUUCCUAUAUAUGUUGGAUUCUUUAGGCAAUCGGUUGUAUAAACCCAAUCCUCACCUAACCCGUGCGCUAGACAUAAUCUUCAUCCUUCAUGCAGAACAUGAAAUGAAUUGCUCUACAUCUGCUGUUCGACAUCUUGCAUCAAGUGGUGUUGACGUAUACACUGCAAUUGCUGGGGCUGUCGGAGCUCUAUAUGGACCUCUUCACGGUGGUGCAAAUGAGGCUGUCCUCAAAAUGCUGAGUGAAAUUGGAACUGUUGAGAACAUUCCAGAUUUCAUUGAAGGUGUCAAAGCCAGGAAAAGAAAACUCUCUGGUUUUGGACACCGAGUUUACAAAAACUACGAUCCCAGAGCAAAGGUCUUGAGAAAACUAGCAGAGGAAGUGUUUUCCAUUGUUGGCCGGGAUCCUCUUAUUGAGGUUGCAGUUGCCUUGGAGAAGGUUGCACUGUCUGAUGAAUAUUUCAUCAAGAGGAAGCUAUAUCCAAAUGUUGACUUCUACUCUGGAUUAAUUUAUAGAGCCAUGGGGUUUCCACCUGAGUAUUUCACAGUUUUAUUUGCUAUCCCUCGAAUGGCCGGGUACUUGGCACAUUGGAGAGAGUCCUUGGAUGAUCCCGAUACGAAGAUUAUGAGACCACAACAGGUUUAUGUUGGAGAAUGGCUGCGGCAUUACACACCAAUCAAUGAAAGGACUGUCUCAAGCGAUGCUGACAAGCUCGGUCAGCUGGCCAUAUCAAAUGCCUCAAAGCGCCGGCUUGCUGGAACUGGGAUAUAGCUCAAUUUGGAUUUAAAAGGAUUAUGCAAUGGGAGGGAGCAUGUCUCUGAAUAAAUAAUGCAACUGGGGUCCUAUCCAUCACCUGCUGAAAGAACGAGAUGCUGGUGGAAUUUGUUGUUCCAUUCAAGUCACGUGCCAGUACUUAUACUUUUGAAUUUUUUGUUAAAAUUAUUAAGGGAUAAACAACGGACAAGCAUAGUUUCGAUAACUCAUUGGUAGUAAUAUGUAUGAUCGUAUUAGCCAAUGAAUUUCGGUUGCUCGUUUGUGUUAAAAGCAGUAGGCUGAGUUUUGGGUAUACCAGUACGAAUUCUGUCAUCCCCCAAAUCAAUAAAAAAAGGAUGCAUGAGAUAAAUGAAAUCCGUUGACAUAUUUCUUUUAUUAAGCCUUUUUCUUCCAACGAAGCCGAAUGUGCAAGUGUAACACGAAUAAUAUAUUUUUAAACCUUUUAUUCUGAACAUUU